AUGUCUAACAAAACUAAUAGCACUGUAAUUUAUGGUCUCGAAAAAAAGUUUGAAGGUUGGGAAACGCUCUUGGAUCCCGAAAAUCUCAGUCUCAUUGACAUCCUAAAUUUUCGUCGAAGAAAAAAUGACUUCUCUUUUGAUAAGCACACUGAACAUUUAACGAUAUCUAAAUUCUUGUCAUAUGUCACAAAAAACACACUAGACGAAAAGUGGAAGAAAUCUACUUCCAUUCUUAAUGAAGUGCUAAAGGCGAUGGCCUGGCUACGCGUUGGGCUAGGAAUGGGUUAUUAUAUCCGGUGGGCUUCUUCCAGCUUUGUUACAAAAUCUAUAUGGAGUCGGGCUAUGUGUCGAUGCAACCACCUAAGUGGCCUGGCUACGCGUCGGGCUAGGAAUGGGUUAUUAUAUCCGGAUCAAGCAAAAACAGAAAAUGUUAUAGCGUUCUGGCUGGAGGCUGAUUUGGAAAAGAUUGAAUUAGAUCAGAAAAUAUCAAAUGCGAUUCUGGAGAAGAAAAAAACUGAACUAAAGCAGAAGGACGUUGAUAUAAAACUAACAAGGGCAGAGUUUGUAGUAGAACAUUCGGUGGCAGGGAAUGAAGCGCACAAAUUAUUAAAUAAUCAAAGAUUAAAUUUUAUUGACAGCUUGAACGAUUCUAUAGGCUCCCCAGUUGAUUAUUCAGUUGAUGAAAAAGAUGAAAAGGACGGUGAUCACACUGAAAGAGAUGAGAUAGAACCAUCAUCAAUGCCAGUGGAGGAGAGCACUGGUUCAAGAAAAGUUCAUAAUAAUUUUAAACGGAAAUUGGACAAUCAAACGGAUUAUGUAGAUGAAGGACUGACGCUCUUGUUCGACGAAACAAACGAAGAAGCCCUUAUGGAAAGCAUUGACGAGAAAACUCUUAAUAUAGAGGACAAACUACCAUUAACGAGAGAAGAUAGUCAGUCACAAUGUAUGUGUGAUGAUAUGGUGGAAGCCUUCCAAAAAUAUCAAGGCAAAAUCCCCAAAACCCGUCGAGCGUUUACCCCUGCAUAUUGGGGAGUGCUCGAUUUAACGAAAGAGAGCUUAUAUGGAUGCAAGGAAUUUACUGAUGAUGAUUUAAAACAAUUAUCUCAAGAUUUUGCUAAUCACAUAAAGUGGAAAUGUGAACCUGUAAAAAAGAAUGUCCAGGAUUACUUUGAUAGUAAUUGUGAAGAGGUUAAUAGCGAUGAAAAACUCAGAAAAUUAGACAGACACAUUCAGUUUAUGAAAAUCAAUAUGAAUUCAUUUCAAGGAAUGCUUCCUGAGGAACAACUAAAAAUGACAUCGUCGUUUCCAUUAUUCCAUGGAGUAUUCAAUUCAAGUCAUAUUAAGGAUAUCUGGGGGGAAACUCAGGCUCUUUCGACAAAUGAUGCGCGAAAUGAAAAAGCUAACCCGUUCAAGAAAGCACGGAUGGGAAGAAAAGUGGACAUGAAAGCAACUUUAAUUAAGACGUCAAAUAAAUUCGAGGUUAUUUACGGGGAAGUUGCAAGGGGUUUAGGACCACUAGGAAUUCCAAUGGCUUGCCCAAAAAAGCGGUUCUUAGACAAAGUAAAGUUAAUGGUAAUAAUGCGUGACUCUAUUAAUCGUUUGUUAAAUGAAAUGAUGUAUGUGUCAGAAGAAACCCGAAAGAGUUUGAUAGUUUACGGCUGGCUCCAAGUUGGUCUGGAAUUGAAUUUCUACGCGAUGGACUGGUCAGGGAUACCUGCAGACGGAGGAGAUUGCUUUAUGUUGGAAGACGCAUAUUGCAUACUUAAAUCGCUAGAGAAUAAAUCGCUUGAAACAGAGACUACGGUGAGAAAACUGUUCUCAGAAAAUACGAGGGGUAAACGACGCCUAAUUGCACCUGAGACUAAAGCAGAUUUGAACAAGAAUCGCACUCCACAAUAUAUGUAA